AUGAAGAAAUUAAAUGUUUCAGAAUCAAAAGAAACUGAUAAGUUAUUUACAACAUCAAUUGAUGCUUUAAAAAAUUUAUACAGUAGUAAAAUAAAACCAUUAGAAACUUUAACAAAGUUUGGAGAUUUUUAUACACCAACAUUAACAGAUAGUGAUAUUGAGGCAAAACCAAUGGUUUUAUUAAUUGGUCAAUAUAGUACAGGUAAAACUACAUUUAUUCAAUAUUUAUGCGAAAGAGAUGUUCCAGGUCAAAAUAUUGGUCCAGAACCAACAACUGAUAGAUUUAAUGCAGUAAUGUAUGGUAAUGAAGAUAGAAUUAUACCAGGUAAUACAGUUUGUGUACAAGAAGAUAAACCAUUCAAAGGAUUAGCAAGAUUUGGUACAGGUUUUAUGAAUAAGUUUCAAUGUAGUAUGUGUAGUGCACCAAUUUUACAAUCAGUUUCAUUUAUCGAUACACCAGGUGUUUUAAGUGGUUCUAAACAGUCACAAAGAUCCUACGAUUUUCCAGCAGUUACAUCAUGGUUUGCAGAAAGAGCAGAUAUGAUUUUAUUAUUAUUCGAUGCACAUAAAUUGGAUAUCUCUGAUGAAUUUAAACAAGCCAUCGAAGCAUUAAAAGGUCACGACGAAAAGAUUAAAAUUGUAUUAAACAAAGCUGACAAAGUAUCAAGUCAACAAUUAUUACGUGUUUAUGGUGCUAUGAUGUGGUCAUUAGGAAAAGUUAUUAAAACUCCAGAGGUUAUGAGAGUAUAUUUGGGCUCAUUCUGGAGUGGUGGUCCAUUACAAAAUCCAGAGACAGAGAAUCUCUUACAUGCAGAAAUGGUAGAUCUCAUCAAAGAGCUUUUAUUACUUCCAAAGAAUGCAGCCGUUAGAAAAGUUAAUGAUUUGGUUAAAAGAGCACGUAUGACUAAAGUCCAUGCACUUAUAUUGUCACAUCUAAAGAAUGAAAUGCCAGUAUUUGGUAAAGAGAAGAAACAGGCUGAACUUAUUGCAAAUCUAGAUAGAGAGUUUAAAAAGAUUGAAAGAAUUCAUAACCUUCCAGAGGGUGAUUUCCCAGAUUUGGAUAGAUAUCGUCAACAACUUAAUGUUCAAGAUUUCAGUAAAUUCCCAAAAGUAAAUCAAAAAAUGUUGGAUCAAAUCGAUGAGGUCCUCUCUAACGAUUUCCCAAAACUUCUUCAACGUUUCCCAUUAGAUGGUUCUCAUCAACCAACAUCUUACGAGUUAAAUCCAUUCGCUUUAGAUGAAGUAGACGAAUCUAUUCGUUGGCAAUUAUUUGAAAAUGUUGAUCAAAAUGCUUUUCUUCCACUAUUCAAUUCAUUAAAUCCAAUCAAUGGUAAAGUUACAGGUGCCGAUGCUAAAGUUCCACUCUCCCAAUCAGGUUUACCAUCAAAUAUUUUAGCUCAAAUUUGGCGUCUUAGUGAUAUCAACAAGGAGGGUAAAUUAGACUUUGAAGGAUUUUGUUUAGCAAUGCAUUUAGUAAAUGUAAAAUUAAAAGGUUUUGAAUUACCCGAUCAAUUACCUCAAACCUUAAUACCUUUUUCAAAAAGAAGUGGUAUGUCUAUAAAUAAUAAUAUUAAUAAUAGCAAUAAUAAUAAUAAUAAUAACAAUAACAAUAAUUAUAGAUAA